AGUCGGCGGGGUCCUGAGGAUAGACACCGGUAGGGACUGAACACUCAGGGUACAGAUUUGUGGGAAAGGGGCUUGGAGGGAGGAGGCGCGAGAGCGGAGGGGGUGCGUAGUACCGGAGGAGUAGGGAGAAUUAGGAGAGAAGACAGAAGGGAAAAGGAUCCUCUGGAUAUCCAUUCCUAGACCCCGGCCCCAUCACUAUUGAGCGCUUAGCCGGGCCUCCCUUAGUUGCAACCCCGGCUGUCGGUAGGGUCAGGAGAUGACUUCUCCCUCUAGACAGGCCUCCCUUGGGGGGUCGGGACUGCUUCAAGGGAGCCGGGCUCGUUCUUACGGAAGCCUGGUGCAGUCGGCUUGCUCCCCGGUGAGGGAAAGACGCCUGGAGCAUCAGCUGGCCCCCGGAGACACCCUGGCUGGACUAGCACUCAAAUACGGGGUGACGAUGGAACAGAUUAAGCGUGCAAACCGCCUUUAUACUAAUGACUCCAUCUUCCUGAAGAAAACCCUCUACAUCCCCAUCCUGACAGAGCCCAGAGACCUGUUCAAUGGUUUGGAUUCUGAGGAAGAGAAAGAGGGAGAGGAAGAAGUACAGUCAAGUAAGGAUGAAGUUCAGCCACACUCAGCUGACAGGAAGAAACGAGAAACAGGUUCAGGACGUUCUAACGGUGAAGUCCUUCCCACACCUGGCUGGGAACCCCACACUCCCAUCCAUGACCUCUCUGCCUCUGAUUUCCUUAAGAAGCUUGAUUCACAGAUCAGCCUGUCAAAGAAGGCUGCUGCCCAGAAGCUGAAAAAGGGGGAAAGUGGGGUACCUGGGGAGGAGUCAGGCCUUCACCUGAGUUCCCCUCGGAUGCAGCAGCGAGCAGUCCUAGGUCCGGUCCCGUUGACCCGGACCUCUCGGACCCGGACACUUCGGGACCAGGAGGAUGAAAUCUUCAAACUCUGAUGUCCCCAGAAAUGAUUGAGAGAAGCAAGAUGUUGAAGUAGCAACUUGAGGGGGAGAGGAGCCUGAGGUGAGGCUCAAGAACACAGCUUCCCGGCCUGCCUCCCUCCCUCCUGCCUUCAUUCCAGCCUUCUCGUUGAUCUAGAGUUCCUUGGCCCAGGGCAGCUUGAUUGGCAAGAGUAGAGGGUGGGGAACAGACCCCUCCUCAGUUCUUUGUCUGAAUCUAGAGCUGUCCUUUAGAUUCAAAAGGCUCUUUUUACGUCCCUGUUGGCUUCCCCGUCCCUUUUACCUUCCCUUGGCCUUAGAACAGGGUGGCGAGGACUCCCUCAGCCCCCAGCCUCCUUCCUCUCCGUCUCCAACUAUGUUACCUAAUUUAUUUGGUGCUAUAU